AUGGACAUGAAUAGAAGUCAGGUUGACUCUGGUGAAGCGAGCAAAUUCUCCAUUGUGAAUUUGUAUAUGUUUGUUCAAAUCAUAGGAUGCUUGGGAAUGGAAGGACGCCUAUUAGUGGAGGAUGCUGGUUUGAAAGACAGGCUCUCUCCUACUACAGACUUUGGAAAGCCCACAAUGACUGUUGCUUCUCAGGAAGCUUCAGUGCCUCCUAGAAGAAUUCGAGUAUGGAAUCCACCAGCCAUUGAUACUGAUGACUCCUGA